ACCGGCCCCGGCGCCUUGAAGCGGGCGGUGAGGACAAAGCUUGCCCUGAAGGGAUGGCCUGGAGGAUCCUAUCAAACCCAGGGAACUGCGCUAUUUAAGGAAGGCCGGGUUCGAAUCGAUCAGAAGGCGGAUGACAGCUUGAAAAUGGCUAGCCGGAGCGAGCAAAUAACCGAUCUGAUCUGUGUGUUCUCAAAGAGUCAGUACAGAGCAAAGGAGGUCACCCCAUCGGUAGAGAGAAUAGAGGAGCACUGUUUGGAGCUGUUUGACCGGGACUACAAGUACAGUAUCAUCCAUAACACCAAUGGGGAGGUGUGUGGUCACUACCCACGGAAGAUUGUGUUUCUGGAAUAUGAAUCUUCAGACAACAUUAAAGAGAGCUUUGAGAGUACUGUGCAGAUCAGUAAGUUGCAGGAUCUGGUGAACCGUAGUAAGAUGGCUCGCUGUAGAGGGAGAUUUGUCUGUCCAGUCAUCCUCUACAAUGGAAAGCAUGUGUGUCGAUCAUCCACACUAGCAGGUUGGGGCGAACUUUAUGGACGAACUGGAUACAACUACAUUUUUUCAGGGGGUUCAGAUGACACCUUUGGUGAUGCUGAAGUGGUUCCGGAGGAUGAUUGUGCAGUUGGGAAUAAUGAUUCACAGUUGUUUGAUAAGGUUAGGGGCUCUGACAUUAAGCUGUUGAAGUACUUGUCUGUACGCUACAUCUGUGACCUCAUGGUAGAGAAUAAGAAGGUCAAGUUUGGCCUAAAUGUAACUUCCUCAGAAAAGGUGGACAAGGAACACCGUUAUGCUGACUUUACCCUACUCUCUGUGCCUUAUCCAGGAUGUGAAUUCUUCAGGGAAUAUAAAGACCGAGAUUACACAGCAGAAGGGCUUGUCUUCAACUGGAAUCAGGACUAUGUGGAUGCUCCUUUGACAAUCCCUGAUUUCUUUACUAGAAACCUCAACAUCAACUGGAGUGAAUAUCAGUCAUGGGACCUGGUGCAGCAGACUCAGAACUACCUGAAACUUCUAUUACACAUCAUCAACUCUGAUGAUGAGAACGGUUUGCUGGUGCACUGUAUAUCAGGCUGGGACAGGACACCGCUGUUUGUUUCCCUGCUCAGACUUUCUUUGUGGGCAGACCGUGCCGUUCAUGCCAGUCUGGAUCCAUCUGAGAUCCUUUACCUGACUAUCGCAUAUGACUGGUUUCUUUUUGGUCACAUGUUGCCUGAUCGGCUCUCUAAGGGGGAGGAGAUUUUCUUUUUCUGCUUCAAUUUUCUGAAGCAUAUUGUUUGUGACACAUUUUCAGUCGUAAAAAAGCAAAGGAGAAAGAAUUCUCAGUUCAAAGAUGCUGACUUCACAGUUGAUGACAUCUUCCAGUUAAAGUCCAGAGAUCGUGGUAGUGUUACGAGUUUGAGCAGUGAUUUCUCUCUCAUCACAGAAGAUACAUCUGCUCCCUCCAGUCUACAUGCAGAAGCCACAGACCUGAAUACCAUUGGAUCACAGGCUUCUAAUGUUGUUUAUCACAGGAGGAAAGGCAUUCCAUUGUCCUCUCAUUCUGUGCAUUGGAAACGACUGAUUGCUUCAGAGGAACGAAUGCCUAAUGUAAAGUCCUCAAGCUCCUCCUCAUCCAACCACUCAGAUCAAAAUGUCACAGGGACAGGAAGUACCCCAUUAGCUGUACCAGGAAGGAGGCCAAUAGUGGAAUAUGCUCGGCCAGGCUCCUCAAUGUCCACAGAUUAUGGCAGUUGGCAGAUUGUCUCAGGAUGUGGGAGCAUCCAUGAUCGUCCCCCAGUGCCCUCAGAGUCUCCUCUGCCAUUCAGCUUCCAGGAUGAGGGUCCCAGCGGACGAAUGUGCACAUUUGUACCUGACAGGCAAGUGAGGUUGGAGGCAGUGAGGGAGUUGUUCCUUGCAGCAUAUAGCUCUACAGUAGGACUCAAGUCAUCGUCUCCAAGCCCCUCCAGUGCCAUCUCAGGCCUGCUGGAGCAGUUCGCACGUGGGGUUGGCCUUCGUGGCACUAAUGGCAUUAUCUGAGCCUUCCAUUGUUGCGCCCAUAAGGUUCACUCAAAUUUUUACACACCCUCAGGAUUUUUCAUUUCAUCAUCUUUUUUUUUUUUUUUUUUCUCUGCAUCUUGAUGUUGUACCAUAUCUACCACAUCAAGAGUACCUAAAUUAUUGGUGAAGCUGUACAGUGUAUUUCAUGCCCUCUUCCAUCUCAGCCCCUUGCUUCUCUCCUCUCCUCUCCUCUCCUCUCCUCUCCUCUCC